AUGCAAUUUCAACCACGAUUUGAAUUUGGAAUACCACCAAGCAAGCAAAUUAAAUUGCCAACACAGCAACCCCAACAAUUUGGAAUUAAACCACAGCCCCCUCAACAACCCACAGGAUAUAAGCCGCAAUUAGGUGUAGCACCACAGUUGGGAUAUAGACCAAACUUUUACCAAGGUCACCAACCAACUGGUUAUAGACCACCACCUCAUUUACAACGACCACAAUUUCAAUCGACCGAUGUAAGCAUGCGUACAGCCCCACCUGUGGAACCUCGAGGUUUUCGUAUGAACGAGUUAUACGUGCUUAACGAAAACUGUGACAACACUUAUGGUGACACCCCUUAUCAUGACGUAGAUCACAUGCAAACGGAAGAUGAAAUUAAUUAUUGCAAGAACCCUGCAAUACUCGAAUAUAACGAACCAGAAUUACCACAAGAAAUCAAAAAUUUUCAAAUAGAAGCCUCGAAUCAAUCCCGGAGAUAA